GGGGCUUCAAAGAAUGUGAAUUUAAAAAUUAAUAACAAAUCAAAAUUUAAUAUAAUUAAACAUUUAAUCAACAUGAAAUACACUACAAACAAUGUCAAGAAUGGUGAUUACCAAGAAAAUCACGUCAUUUAUGUAGGAACACAGACAGGAAGCUUUAAAAGAGUUGACAUCUUUAACAAAGAUAAUCCAUACAAACAAACAAAUCUUCAGAACUUAGAUGCUGUAACUAAAGAAUCAAAAGUCACUGCUUUAUGUUGGGCUGAUGACGAUAAAAAUGAAAUCAUUUUGGGACGAGGUGAUUCAAUCAUAAGGACAUUCGAAUGUGACAAGAAUCAAUUCUGUGAGACAGACCUAUCGAUUCCCGAAGGCAAAAUUGUAGGAUUGGCAUGGAGUCAAGACACAAUUGUCGCAGCAAGUGACAGUGGUAAAAUUCAUAUUCUUAAUGACUCAAUGAGUAUCAUAGAAACAGGAGAUAAUAUUUCAAAAAUGAGACAAUGCAGUAACAAUAAAAAUCUAGUUGCAGUCGGUGGCAAGGAUAGAAAGAACAACUUGAAAGUGUUUGAUUUAGAGUCACAGAAGCAAAUCUUUUCAAGUAAAAAUGUUCCACAUGAUAAUCUGCAAUUGGAAGUGCCUGUUUGGGAUUCUGAUAUAUCAUUUGUAAAUAACAGCGAUUCAUGUUUAGCAACUUGUUCAAGAUAUGGCUACAUUCGAUUCUAUGAUUAUCGUCAGCAACGUCGACCCAUACAUAAUUAUACAGACAGUCGAGAUCAAGCUUUUAAUUCCCUAGCUGAAAAGGAUGGAAUAAUUUAUGUAGGAACAACGACUGGAAUUCUUUAUGCAUUCGAUCUUAAAUCAAUGAAAACGCCUUUACAUACUUAUAAAGGAGCAACAGGCAGCAUUUCAAGUAUAACUGUUGACGAAACUGGAAAGUAUCUCUUUGCAUCAUCAUUAGAUCGUUAUGUCCGAGUUUUUGAUUCUCAAAAAUCACAUCUUUUAUAUCAAUGCUAUGUUAAAUCAAAAGUAAGCGAGAUAUUAAUGAAAGAAGCUGACGAUCGAUUAUUAAAUGAACGUAAGGAAUCAAGUAAACAGACUGUCGAUGUCAGUGACGAGGAAUAUGAAACAAUGUUCAAUAAAAUGCAGAAAGUUAACGAUGAUGCAGGAGAACCGAGUUCAAAAAAGCUAAAGUUAGUUAAGCAUUCACAUAUGAAAAGACAUAGUGGAAUUGUAUUUCGCACAUAAAACCCUCUUAACUUUAUUUUCAUCCUUCUUUUUGAGUCUUACCACUUAAAACAUCAUUUUUCUUUUUUAAUUAUUUCAAUUGUUUAUCGCACUUCCUUAAUAUGGAAACAAUAUUUCAACUAUAGUUUAUUAAUGAAAUAAUUUUGAACCUGUUUUCUCAUGAAUUAGUGGCAUAAUAUUACUAUAUAUUAUAAAUAUCCAUUAAAAACCAAUGAGAGACAUUGUAAGGAAAACAAACGUUUUUAAAAAAUUGG